AUGAAAUAUAAGCUUCCGCGUCUAACACAGAGCCAUGCUAUACUGUGGUCACAUAUAACUUUGGCAAAUCACAAAUUGUGCUGUGAGCUCAGGCUCAUCGGAAUCCCAAUUCUCGCUCUAAGCAUUCUUCCGUAUAACCGCAGUAAUACUGAUCAAUUGAUCUGCAAAGGGGAUCCGGUGUGGCCAACAAAUAGCACUAUAAACGAAAAUAUAAGUAGACAGAGAGUUGUUGCACUCUUCCGGUCUCUGAGGGACAUUAUAAAUGCCAGAGUAACACUAAAUACUCUGUCAGAAGCCCCAGGCAGAUUCACUCCUUUACUGACGCGCUUAUUUUCUUCCAUUGAAUCUGAACAAAACAGCCACCGCGAAUACGACGUGAGGAGACUACCUCUUCAAAAAAGAUCUAUUGCCAAGAGAUUACAACGAUCAACUUCGACUUUUAAGAUAUUAAAAUUCCAUGAAUUGAGAAUUCAAACCAAACAUACUUCCAGAAUUGAAAGUAUAGUGCCAAAUGGAGAGAAUAAGCAACUGUUUGGAAACUUGGUCAGAUCGGACGGCUUCAGUGUCGAUUUUUUGUUCUCCAAAAGACGAAGCAACCAAAAAGAAAUGGCUACCAAGGUUAAUCAAAUUGAUCUCAAACUUGAUGGUUUUGGUAGACGAGAAGUCGAAGAAUCAUAUCUCCCAAUAGCAGUUGACCCCGGAAGAAAAACAGUUUUUUGUGCAGUAGCUGAUUUAGACCUUGAUGUUCGAAGAUGCACCACUAAGGAAUACUAUCAUAGGCCUAGUUCAACAAGGUACAGUUCUGAACUGAACAAGUUAAAGAAAGAGAAGCAUCAACAUCAUAGAAAGUGCGAUUCCUACCAAUAA